AAAUUCAGAGGUUGUGGUGCUGCGGAGCUAUCGGGUCUUUAAUUCACAGCCUGAUAUUAGCUAGCCAAACCUUUGGGAUUUUAAGCACUUAAAGUCUAUAAAAAGAUGUCAUUAUUGGCGCAAAGCGUACGCCAAGUGUUGCGGCACACAAAACAACAUGUUUCAUUGAGCGGUGCGAUACGUGCCCUGAGCAUAUCGCCGGCAUUGUUGCAGCAAAACAAACCCAUGCCGGCUGCGAUUGAUGUGUCUGCUAUUGCCAAGGAGCACCAGAAGGAGUGUCAGUCGGUCUGCGACAGGGUCAACCAACAGGUGGCUAAAUCGGAACAAGGCCGCUUGUUUGCAGUCGUGCAUUUGUGUGGCAAACAAUUCAAAGUAACUCCCGGAGACAUCAUACUCGUCGAGGGAUAUUGGCCACCAACGAUAGGCGAUGAGAUAAGCCUGGACAAGGUGCUCCUGGCCGGUGCACGGGAUUUUACGUUGAUUGGACGUCCGAUACUCGAACCGGGACAGGUCACAGUGAAAGCCACCAUCAUUGAAAAGACUCUGACUCACACGAAAACCAACUUCAAGAAGAAACGCAGGAAACAAUACAUGCGCAUCAACUUCCAGCGAUCCCCGAACACCAUGAUCCGCAUCAAUUCCAUUGAGCUAACGCGUGCGGUUGAGAGCAGUACUGAGGCGGAAGUCCAGCCCUCGAAGCGCUUGUUCUAGUUAUUCACUUUAGCCUGUUGAUUACAAAAAUAUAUGCACAAGAUUGCGCGAAAUA